AAAAAUUAAAAAAAAAAAUUUAUUGACGAAUGGUGAAAAUGAAUGUCUUGAAUGAUUGCCUCCGUUCUAUUGUGAAUGCAGAAAGGUUUUAGUUGUUGUCCUAACAUAUUUAAGAUAAGGAAGAAAGCAAGUGUUGAUCAGACCUACAUCAAAAUUGGUUGUGAAGUUCUUAUAAGUUAUGCAAAGACAUGGGUACAUUGGUGAAUUCGAAAUUGUUGAUGAUCAUAGAAGUGGUAAAAUUGUUGUUGAAUUAUUGGGUAAUAAAUGACACAAAAUGUUAGGACGCAUCAAUAAAUGCGGUGUGAUCUCACCCAGAUAUGAUGUUACUUUAGGAGAAUUCGAAAGAUGGGCCAAUAACAUUCUCCCAGCCAGAUAAUUUGGUUGUGUUGUGCUCACCACUAAUGUUGGAAUCUUAACCCAUGAAGAAGCCAGACAAAGACACAUUGGAGGCAAAAUCCUUGGUUUCUUCUAUUGAUAUCAUUAAUAAACAUAGUACAA